AUGAAGAAAACCCAGUCCUCCUCCUCCCUUGGCCCCGGCGGCCUCGACCUCUCCAACACCUUCUUCACGCCAAUCUCCGGCAACUCCCCCCACCCCCACCCCCAUCCCCGACGUCCCAUCAAGGUCACCGUCGUUGGCGCCGGCAACGUCGGCAUGGCGGUCGCCCAGACAAUCCUCACCCAAAACCUCGCAGACGAAAUCGCCCUCGUCGACCCGGACGAGGACAAGCUCCGAGGGGAGGUGCUCGACCUCCAGCACGCCGCCGCCUUCCUCCCACGCACCACCAUCACCGCCUCCACCGGCUACCACUCCACCGCCGGCUCCGACCUCUGCAUCGUCACAGCCGGGGCCCGACAGGGCCCCGGUGAGAGCAGGCUCAGCCUGCUCCAUCGCAACGUGGCACUGUUCCGGCGAAUCGUGCCGCCGCUGGCCGAGCACUCUCCCGAGAGUAUUAUCAUGGUGGUUUCGAACCCGGUGGACGUGCUGACGUACGUGGCGUGGAAGCUGUCUGGGUUCCCGGCCAACCGGGUAAUCGGGUCGGGCACGAACUUGGACUCGUCCAGGUUCAAGUUCCUCAUUGCGGAUCACCUUGAUGUCAAUGCACAGGACGUCCAGGCAUAUGUUGUUGGUGAGCAUGGUGACAGCUCUGUCGCACUCUGGUCCAGCAUAACGGUGGGAGGCGUACCCCUCCUGAGCUCCUUAGAGAGGCAACAAGUCGCAUUCGAGGAGGAAACACUUAGGAACAUACACAAAGAGGUGGUCCAAAGCGCGUACGAGGUCAUACGCCUCAAAGGCUACACGUCUUGGGCCAUCGGCUACUCUGUCGCCAGCCUGGCUCGGACCUUGCUGAGGGACCAGAGAAGGAUUCAUCCCGUCUCGGUUCUUGCAAAGGGCCUUCACGAUAUCGAAGGAGGUGAGGUCUUCCUCAGCUUGCCGGCUCAGCUGGGUAGGAGUGGGGUCGUGGGCGUGGCUAAUGUGCACUUAACCGACAUGGAAGCCGAGCAGCUCAGGAGCUCGGCUCGGACCCUUCUCGAGUUGCAGAGCCAGUUGGGCAUUUGA